GUACUCUAGCCCAUACACGAGGUUAAUGUUAUCAAGCUACCACGUACAUAAUUAUUACACUAGUUUUUCAAAUGACCCUAAUAAUAAUAGACUUUAAUGAAAAAACAGACUUUAAUGAAAACAAAAAUUACAAUUGGUCAAAUAAAAGUAUAUUUAACCGAAAAUUUAAUACUAAUUUAACUAUAUUUGCCAAAUGUUGCCUAUAGGGUGCUCGUGAUAAUCUCUAAACAUGCAUCAUCUUGUGGUCGGGGUGAGGAAGGUAAACAUUGGAGGUCUCACCAAACGCAUGAAACACCACAAUGGGCACCGUACACGCAAAAAGUCCCGAGGCAGAUGAGGGUGAGAACAUCAGGAUGGACCUUCAGGCUCUAAAGGCUCAUGUUCAGCGUGUACAUGUUGAUGGACUGGCCCGCACUAAGGACGACAUUGUCAUCAGUACUGUACGAGAUGUAUUUAGUGCCCAGGACUUCCAGUCUGUCAUAUUGAAAAUUCAUGAAGCCAGAACAAGAUUAUCAAAGUUGGGAUGUUUUAAGGAUGUGGGCGUCUUCAUCGACACUUACGAGGGACCUGACGCUGUUGAGGAUGGUAUUGAGGUGACAUUUGAGGUGCGUGAAGUAAACUUCAUGGGAGCUAAGGUGAACACAAGUGUUGGAAACAACGAAGGUACGGUGUCAACGGGAGGCUUGUUGAAGAACAUAUUUGGACGAGGCGAAGAGCUGAGCUGCGAAUAUUCUCACGGCACGAAGAAGUCUUCCUCCUUCUUCACUACUUUCACUAAACCUUUCCAUAAUGAAGCCAGCACUGUUUUUACAAGCAGUGUGUACCAGCAAGGGACUGAAACCCCUUGGUCAGGCUACAAAGAGCUCGACCGAGGCGUCUUGCUGACUUUAGCCUUCAACUCUGCGCCUAAUGUUCAGCAGAAACUGAUUCUUGAUGGAGCCUGGCGACACCUCACCUGUCUCUCAAGAUCUACCGCAUUUGCCGUCCGUGAACAAGCAGGCCAUUCUCUCAAAUCAGCCCUAAGACAUGAGCUUUCUGUCGACAGGAGAGAUGAUUUGGUUUUCCCCACUGAUGGUGUUGCCUUCACUAUUAAGAAUGAAUUGGCUGGUUUGGGAGGUGAUAUUGGUUUCCUGAAGAAUGAGUUAGAUAUGCAGGUAAACGUUCCUCUGCCGAAGGAGAUGGUCAUCCAGGGAUCUUUGGUAGCGGGCCAUCUAUUACCACUUCGUAACAACAAGACACACUGUAUCACCGACCGCUUCAUGUUAGGUGGCCCCAUGAAUGUUCGAGGCUUUGAAAUGGCUGGCAUUGGCCCUCAUAGUGAUGGAUGUUCACUGGGAGCUGAGAUGUACUGGGCAGCUGCUUUACAUGCAUAUACUCCAUUGCCACUUCUAAACCGAGGCUCCAUCAGCGAGAAGUUCAGAUUACACGCCUUUGUUAAUACCGGCAACAUCGGCGACUUCGUAUUGACUGAUGACUACAAACAGAAUCUUCAGACCCUUGUUCGUGACAUGCGUUUGUCAUAUGGAGCUGGAUUAGCAAUGAGUCUCGGUGGGUUUGCAAGAGUAGAACUUAACUACUGCAUCCCUCUACUGCUCCAGCGUGGUGAUAGACCUAACCAGGGACUUCAGUUUGGUGUGGCAGUUUCUUACUUGUAAUGCUAAACAUAGGUUAGCUUAAAAGUACAAUAGAAGAUUUACAAACCAGCAUUAUUUCAAUGCAAAAGUUUUUAUGAUAAGUUCCCAAUGGCAAACUGUAAAAAUAGUAAAAUAAAUAAGAUUAUAUAUAUAUAUAUAUAUAUAGCAUUGUCUUCAUAAAGCAUUUUGUUUUAUCAAGUAGAAACUAUACUGAAAACUGAAGGAUUUUGAUAUGCUUUAAGUGGUCCACAUAGUCAAUAACCUUCCAUAAUAUUUUUUUAGUUUUUGUUGUCAUGUUUGAAAUCAAUUUUGCAUAUAAAACUUAAUAUGCAGUACUUAUUGUACAGUGUAAAAUAAAAUUGAGUACUUAU